CCGCCCCUCCCCCGCUUCCGCCCCGCCCCCCCCGCGGUCCUAGCGCCCGCCGCGCCGCGCCCGGAGCGGAGCCCCCCCAGGGGCCAUGGAGGAGCAGCAGGAGGGUCCGGGUGGGGACGUCUGUGGUGGUGGCACCCAUGGCCGUUGUCAUGAUGGCACCCGUGGGGACGUCUGUGGUGGCACCCGUGGCCGUGGCUGCGGUGGCACCCGUGGGGAAGUCCAAGAUGAUGCCCUCGAUGAUACCCCCGGGGACAUCAGCAGUGACGCCCACGGCAACAUCCGAGGUGACACCCAUGGAGACGUCAACAAUGACACCCAUGGAGACCUCAACGAUGACACCCAUGGAGACGUCAACAAUGACACCCAUGGGGACCUCAACGAUGACACCCGUGAGACCCCCCGAGGCGACACCCACAAAGACCCCCAAGAUGACACCCAAGAAGACCUCCAAGACGUCUCCCCCGGGGACGCCCCUGCCCCGCCCGCCUACGUCAAGUCAGGGAACCGCUACAAGUGUCCCACCUGCGCCACCACCUUUCCCACCCCGCCCCGGGCCCUGCGCCACGCCCAGACGCACGUGUCCACCCCGUCUGGAAGUGGCACCAGGUCUAGAGGUGCCACCGCCACCAGGUCCAGAGGUGCCACCGCCAUGACGGACGUGUCCACCACCUCCGGAGGUGCCACCACCAGAUCCAGAAGUGCCACCACAACCAGGUCGAGAGGUGUCGCUGCCACGACGGCUGCACCUACCAGCCCCAUAGGUGCCACUGCCACCAGGUCCAGAGGUGCCACCUCCACCAGGUCCAGAGGUGCCGCCGCCAUGACGGAUGUCUCUGAAACAUCUGGAGAUACCACCACCACGAUGGACGUCUCCAAAGAAUCCGGGGGUGCCACCACCAUGAUGGAUACGUCCACCACUUCUGUGGGUACCACCACCAGGUCCAGAGGUGCCGCCACCACCAGGUCCAGAGGUGCCACAGCCACCACAAGGACCAGAGGUGCCACCAGCACCGCUUCUGGAGGCGUUGCCACCACAACGGAUGCACCCAAAGCAUCCGGAGAUUCCACCACCGCCACAUCUGGAGAUGCCACCACCAUGGUGGACACGUCCAAAACAGCUGGAGGUGCCACCACCACAAGGUCCAGAGGUGCCACCACCACCAGGUCCAGAGGUGCCACCGCCACGAGGGCUGCAUCGAAAGCAUCUGGAGAUCCCACCGCUACGACAGCCACGUCCAAAGCAUCCGGAGGUGCCACCGCCACCGUCCCUGGCAACGCCACCACCACCACGGACACAUCCGAAGCACCCGGAGACGCCACCACCAGCACAUCCGGCGGUGCUGGUGCUGCGGUUGAUGCACCCAAAGCACCCGGAGAUGCCACCACCACCACCACCAAAUCUGCAUCUGAAGCAUCUGGAGAUGCCACCGCCACCACCACGUCCUCAUCCAAAGCAUCCGGAGGUGCCACCGCCGCCACGGACGCCCCCUGCUCCGCCUGCCCCCGUCCCGCUCCCCCCUUCCCCUGCGCCGCCUGCCCCAAGUCCUACGGCACCCUCUCCAAGCUGACCAUCCACCAACGCGCCCACACCGGCGAACGUCCCUUCUCCUGCCCCGAUUGCCACAAAUCCUUCGCCGACCCUUCGGUCUACCGUAAACACCGUCGCGGUCACGCCGGGCUUCGUCCCCACCGCUGCGGCGCCUGCCCCAAAGCCUACGCCGAACGCAAGGACCUCCGCAACCACCAACGCAGCCACACGGGCGAGCGGCCCUUCCUCUGCGCCGAGUGCGGCAAGAGCUUCGGCCGUUCCUCCUCGCUCGCCUGCCACCAGCGCAUCCACGCUCCCCGCAAGCCCUACGCCUGCGGGACCUGUGGGAAGUCCUUCACCCAGCUCUCCUCCUUCCAGAGCCACCAGCGCGUCCACACCGGGGAACGUCCCUACCUCUGUCCCCAGUGCGGGCGGAUGUUCUCCGACCCCUCCAGCUACCGCCGGCACCAACGCGCCCACCAAGGCGUGAAACCUUACGUCUGCGGGGAAUGCGGCAAAGCUUUCCGGCAGCCGGCGGAUCUGGCGGUGCAUCGGCGGACCCAUACGGGCGAGCGGCCGUGGCGGUGCGGGGAGUGCGGCAAAGCUUUCGUGGCCUCCUGGGACCUCAAGCGGCACCGGUUGACCCACACGGGCGAGCGGCCCUGGCGGUGCGGGGAGUGCGGGAAGGGUUUCGGGGAGCGGGCGGCGCUGGGCAAGCACCGGCGGACGCACUCCGGCGAGAGGCCCUACGCCUGCGGGCGCUGCGGGAAGGGCUUCGGGGGAGCCUCGGGGCUGCGCAAACACGAGAGGACGCAUGGGAAGCGGGAGGCGGAAAGCGGGGACAACAUGGCCGCCAGCGGGCGGGCGGACGUGGCCGCUGGGGCUGGCCUCAACAUGGUCGCUGGCCUCAAUAUGGCCACCGGACCUGGCCUCGGUAUUGCUGGAGGUGGCCAGGGCGUGGCCACCAGACUUGGCCAUGACGUGGCAGCUGGAGCUGGCCACACUAUGGCUGCCAGAGUUGGCCCUGGCAUGGCCGCCGGCACUGGGCAUGACAUGGGUGGUCAACCUGGCCACAUUAUGGCCACCGGGAUUGGCCAUGGUAUGGCUGUGGGCACUGGGCAUGAUGUGGGUGGUCAACCUGGCCACAUUAUGGCCACCGGGAUCGGCCAUGGCAUGGCUACCGGUGCUGGACAUGACAUUGGUGGUCAACCUGGCCACGGUAUGGCCACCGGUGUUGGCCAUGGCAUGGCUACCGGUGCUGGACAUGACAUGGGUGGUCAACCUGGCCACGGUACGGCCACCGGCAUCGGCCAUGGCAUGGCUGCUGGUGCUGGACAUGACAUGGGUGGUCAACCUGGGCACACCAUGGCUGCCAGUGUUGGCCAUGACAUGGCUGCUGGCAUUGGGCAUGACGUAUGCGCCCAACCUGGCCACAAAGUGGCUGCCGGAGCUGGCCACAAUAUGACCACCGGACUUGGCCAUGACAUGGCCAACAGAGCUGGCCACACCAUGGCUGCCCAAGCUGGCCAUGAGAUAGCCGCCUCUACUGGGCGGGACGUGGGUUCUCAGGCUGGUCACGACGUGGCCGCUGGACUCGGCCACAGCAUGGCCACUGGAGCAGGGCCCGUCGUGGCCGCCGGAGGAGCCGUGGGCUGCGGUGGCCUCAACGUGGCUGACGCCUGCGGAGGCCCCAACAUGGCUGCCCCCAACAUGGCCGCCACCAUAGGAACCCCCAACAUGGCCACCACCAACAUGGCCACCCCCAGUGGAAGCCCCGACAUGGCCGCCCACAACAUGGCCGCCCCCAUUGGAGAACCCAAAAUGGCCGCCCCCAUAGGAGCCCCGGGGGGGUACCCAGCUUCCGGGGGCGUGGCCCCGCUCGACCCCGCCUCCCCGGAGCCCCGCCCCUUCGCCUGCCCCCUCUGCCCCAAGCGCUUCGGGGCCCGGGCGGGGCUGCGCAAGCACCAGCGUCGUCAUGGCCCCUCCCCCUCCCCGCAGGCCCCGCCCACCCCGGGCCCCGCCUCUGCCGGGACGGCUUAGCCACGCCCCCUCGCUGGGUCACACCCCUUUUGCCGCCGGGGGGGGCGUGGUCUCUCCAGCCCCUCCCAUACCAGGAAAGGGGCGGGGCUCCUUGGGGGCGGUUCCUCGCGUGGCCACGCCCCUUUCUCCUCCUAAUUGAGCAUUAACGGGAAAUAAACGGGCGAGUCAGC